AUGCCUCGUUCUUUCCUGGUGAAGCGCGGUGGGCUGCACCACCUUCGUCACGUAGCAAGAAGCCCCAGCCCUGGAGCCACAGCAGUAAUGUUCAGUGAACUGGAAAAAAGGGCGGGAGCCUGGGACGCAUCCCUGGAGUACACCAAACCGAAGACAAACGUUAAUAAUGCAAUCGCCACUGUGUUAUUACAGCAGGACUUAAAGUUCUGUAAUGAAAAUGGAAGCCGUCACCCAUUCAGUCCUCAAUCAUACGACCACAGUUCUGCUGAGGCCUGCAGUCCUGUCAACGCAAAUAUUUUUAGCCAAGUGGAGAAAGUUGUUUCUCAGCCUCCCAAACCAGAAGUAUUGUCGAGUCUUCAGGCGAGGUCUGGAUAUCCAGACAAACUGUCCGGACUGAGAGAGUUGGAGCACCAUCAGAUCCUGAGAGAGACCAGGAGCAGCAGCUGCUCUAAGAUUAGUGCUCCAAGGCAGGAGUGCCUACUCUGUGGAAAGAUAUUUUCAUGUCUGUCAAGUCUGAAAACUCACAUAUGUAAGAGUCACAGAGGCAGAGCCCGUAUGUCAGUGGCACACAUCAAGUCCGGCAGGGCUGGUAAUGAGCAGGCACCUUGCAGGGGGAAGGAGCGGACAUUCAGCUGUACGGUGUGUGGGAAAGUGUUCAAGCGCUCCUCCACCCUCUCCACUCACCUGCUCAUUCAUUCAGACACCCGGCCCUAUCCCUGCCAGUACUGCGGCAAACGCUUCCACCAGAAGUCUGACAUGAAGAAACACACCUUCAUCCACACCGGCGAGAAGCCCCACGUGUGUCAGAUAUGUGGCAAAGCAUUCAGCCAGAGCUCCAACCUCAUCACCCACAGCCGAAAGCACAGGGAUGACAGGCCCUACCACUGCCCACGAUGCCUUUACAGCUUCCAGCAUAAAGUGGACCUGCGGCAGCACCAGGAGCAACACUGCGCCUACCGCUGA